UGGAAUGUGCAUUUGGAGAGAGGCUGGAGUGUUAAGCUGCAGGGACAGGUCACGCACACUUUCUCUUCUGUUCCUUUUUGAAUUAGGGCUCGGUUUGUGACUGGGACCAGGGUUCAGCAUGUGAUCAGGGUCAGGGCUCAGUCACUGGGGUCAGCGCUCAGUGUGUGAAUAUGUGACAGGGUCAGGGCUCAGUCAGUGACAGAGAAUGGUGCUCAGGUAGCCUUCUGCCCCUUCUAAAAGGGAGGGGCUUUCUUGGAGAAUUUAGAGGUAUGAGGCUUGAGGGGUCAUUGCAGCCAUCCCCCUGCCUACAGGUGCCUCUGUCCUCCGGGCCUUGCCUGAGCCUGGCUGGGGUGAUAGGGGUACUCUCCUAGAAGCAGCUUUCCUUCCAGAGAUCUCCUGGCCCCUAAGGCCACAGCUGCCCAGCCCCAGGGGCUUGUCCUUGUUGGCAGCUGGGCUUCACUACUGGCUACGUGGCAGCCCUAAUGCACCUGUGGGAUGAGACACUUUGGCCAAGGCCGUGUUUACAGGGAAAACACUUGCAACCACAAGCAAACCCGCCACUCCCUGGGUCCCUUCUCAGAGGACCCUGCACAUUGGGAGCCUUAUAAAGUAGCCUCUGCACCUGCCUGCCUGGGGCAGAGGAAGGCUAGCCUGGGCCGAGAGUUCACCUGUCUCAGGAACCACCUGUGCCCAAAAAUCCCGGAGGCGGUGGCCAGGGCAGCCAUGGUUCCAGCACGUGGGCUGGGCCUGCUGCUGGCACUGCUGCUGCCCGUGGUCAGUGCCUCCAUGCCAGGCACCGUGGUCCGACUCAACAAGGCGGCACUGAGCUACGUGUCUGAAAUCGGGAAAGCCCCUCUCCAGCGGGCCCUCAAGGUCACUGUCCCUCAUUUCCUGGACCGGAGUGGAGAGGUGCUUCAGCCCACCAGGAUCCGGAUUCUGAACGUCCACGUACCCCGCCUCCAGCUGAAAUUCAUUGCUGGUUUUGGAGUACGCCUGCAGGCAGCAGCUAAUUUUACUUUCAAGGUCUUUCGCGCCCCAGAGCCCCUGGAGCUGACGCUGCCUGCGGAACUGCUGGCUGAUACCCGGGUGACCCAGAGCUCCAUCAAGACCCCCAUGGUCAGCAUCUCUACCUGCUCCUCAUUCUUAGGCCGUGCCAGCGAGUCUGAUGGCAGUAACAGCACUUCCCACGCGCUGCUGGUCCUGGUGCAGAAGCACAUCAAAGCUGUCUUGAGUAACAAGCUGUGCCUGAGCGUCUCCAACCUGGUGCAGGACCUCAAUGUCCACCUGGGCACUUUAAUUGGCCUCAACCCCGUGGGUCCUGAGUCGCAGAUACACUACUCCAUGGUCAGCGUGCCCACUGUCACCAGUGACUUCAUUUCCCUGGAUGUCAAUGCUGUUCUCUUCCUGCUGGGCAAGCCCAUCAUCCUGCCCACAGAUGCCACCCCUUUUGUGUUGCCAAGGCACGUGGGCACCGAGGGCGCCAUGGCCACCGUGGGCCUCUCCCAGCAUCUGUUGGACUCUGCGCUCCUGCUGCUGCAGAAGUCUGGGGCCCUCAACCUGGACAUCACAGGGCAGCUGAGGUCGGAUGACAACCCGCUGAACACCUCUGUGCUGGGCCGGCUCAUCCCAGAGGUGGCCCGCCAGUUCCCCGAGCCCAUGCCCGUGGUGCUCAAGGUGCGGCUGGGUGCCACACCUGUGGCCACGCUCCACACCAACAAUGCCACCCUGCGGCUGCAGCCCUUCGUGGAGGUCCUGGCUGCAGCCUCCAACUCGGCCUUCCAGUCUCUCUUCUCCCUGGAUGUGGUAGUGAACUUGAGCCUCCAGCUCUCUGUAUCCAAGGUGAAGUUUCAGGGGACCACAUCUGUGCUGGGGGAUGUCCAACUCACGGUGGCCUCCUCCAACAUGGGCUUCAUUGAUACAGAUCAGGUGCGGGCACUGGUGGGCAUCGUGUUUGAGAAGCCCCUGCUGGACCAUCUCAAUGCUCUCUUGGGCAUGGGGAUUGCCCUCCCCGGCGUGGUCAACCUCCACUACGUCACCCCUGAGAUCUUUGUCUAUGAGGGCUACGUGGUGAUAUCCAGUGAACUCUUCUACCAGAGCUGAGGCAGGACCACUGGGAGGCUUGAGAGUGGGCCAACUCGAUGCUCAGGGGAACUUCUUAUCUCAAGCCACUGGGGAAACUGAGGCAAAACCAUGCUUAGUCAUCACCAACAAGCAGAACUGCCCAGCUGGGCUGUUUCGUCGUCCCUGAGUGCCUGGGUCUCCCUCCCUCACUUCUGCCCUAUCCCUUCCUCCUCCUCUUCUCCCUCUUCCCUCACCUCCCUACUCCUUCCCCUGCCCCACCCCCAGGGGGAGCAAACUGCUCCUCCAGGCUGUUUAGACCUCCCCUCUUGCAUUAAACAACUUCUCUUGAGCUGCAACUU